AUGUUAUCGAAAUUCAAGCGAAGUAUAAAAUUAAAAACUAUGUCACUUUCAUUUAUGUUAUUCUAGAGUACCGAAAUAUUUGCAAAGCGGCAUAACUUUAAAAAUCUAACGGGGCAAACGUUAACAGUUACUCAACACUUUUGUCAAUCCGCGAAAGAACGAUUUGGCGUUGUCGCGUGUGUAUUUAAUUGGGCUAUUCGCGGUAUUAUGAUAAGUCUACCGGCUGAUAAAAUGUAGCUUGACCAGAUACUUAGCAAAGUCGCUGCAAUCGCAUUAAGUUGCCCCACCGCUGUGGAAGCCUCCACCAGUCGAGGCUUUUAUAUUUUAAAUAAAACUCUGUACUUAAUACAUGUUUUGCCGCGUUGAAGUUAAAAAUGAAGAUCAUAUUUUUUUUCUUAAUUUUUACCGUUUUGUACAACGUUUCAAGCACCGAUAAAGAGGCUGCGGUAGAAGAGGACAAUGGUGUUUAUUAUGAUACGGGAUCGUCGACAAGACGCAAAAGAUUUUUUUGGAAAGACUUUCAAAGCCCUGUUAUUGAAAACUUUUUGCAUCUCACAGGGACUCCCUACAACAAGCAGAGCCUGACUAGCGAUAUUUUUAGUUUCCUACGAGAUAGCUACCCUUUGCCUAAAGGACUGAAAGAGCCCUACUCCGAGUAUGACUUUGUGAUAAUUGGCGCUGGAUCAGCAGGAUGCGCUUUGGCCUCACGUCUAACAAAAAAUCGUAAUGUAACCGUUCUGUUACUUGAAACUGGAAAACCGGAAAUGAUACUGACGGAUAUACCAGCUAUUGCACCAAGUUUCCAGGCGACGGAUUAUGUUUGGCAUUAUUAUAUGGAACCUCAGCCUGGAGUCUGCAUGGGAAUGAACAACCAACGGUGUUUUUGGCCGCGGGGCAGAGCGAUUGGUGGAACAAGCGUUGUAAAUUACAUGAUUUAUACCAGAGGCAGGCCAAGAGAUUGGGACCGCAUUGCUGAAGCCGGAAACUACGGCUGGUCCUACAAUGAUAUGCUAAAACACUACAUCGAAUUGGAAAAAGCUGAUUUAAAAGGAUAUGAGAAGACACCACAUAGAGGUCGUGACGGUGAGCUGCCUGUGGAGUUUGUUCCAUUAAAAACCCGCUUAUCCGAUGCAUUCUUGGAAGCUGGUAAAAUAUUGGGACAUCCAACAGUUGACUAUAACGCACCAGAGCAGUUAGGUUUCGGUCGAGUUCAAGUCACAAUCAGCCACGGUCGGAGAUAUAGCGCUGCCAAAGUAUUUCUACAUCGACAUAAAAAUAGACCUAACCUACAUAUCUUGCAAGACACUACAGCUACGAAAAUAUUAAUUGAUCCUGAAACGAAAAUAGCAUAUGGUGUAGAAUACGUACGAAAUAAUCUUCUCCAUACUGUCUUAGUACGGAAGGAAGUUAUAGUAUCAGCCGGACCAAUAGCGUCACCGCAACUUCUAAUGCUGUCUGGUAUCGGACCACAAGAGCAUUUAAGGUCUAUUGGAAUACCGGUAAUCCAUAAUCUUCCCGUGGGACGGAGAUUAUAUGAUCACAUUACCUUUCCGGGGCUGACAUUUACUUUAAAUGUAACAGGCAUAUCCUUGAUUGAAAAUAGACUAGCGAAUAUACAGACUGCUGUUGGUUGGCUUCAACAUGGCGAUACAGCACUUGCUUCCCCUGGUGGAGUGGAAGGUAUUGGCUAUAUAAAAACACCAGUUAGCGGCGAUCCUGAUUUAUCGAUUCCUGAUAUAGAGCUUAUUAAUAUAGGCGGAUCCAUAGUCUCCGACGGUGGGCCAGGCGCAAGUAGAGCUGUCCGCAGAGGAAUGAGAAUAUCUGAAAGCCUUUUCAACGAGGCGUAUGGAUCUAUCGACGGAAAAGACACAUGGAGUAUAUUUCCGAUGUUACUACACCCUAAAUCCUUCGGAUAUUUAGAGUUGAAAGACAGUAAUCCUUUUAGUCAUCCCCGUCUAUACGGCAACUAUUUAACAGAUCCGAGAGAUGUUGCAAAUUUUGUAGCGGCUAUUCGAUACAUUCAAGCCCUAGCAGCAACUGCUCCAUUUCAACGUUACGGUGCCAGAAUACAUCCAGCUAAAUUUAAGACGUGUCGAAUGCAUACAUUCGAUUCUGAUGAAUACUGGGAAUGUGCAGUGCGCACUCUUACAGCAACCCUACAUCACCAAAUAGCCACAUGCCGUAUGGGGCCACAAGGAGACCAGUUAGCCGUCGUGGACCCUGAACUCAGAGUACAUGGCAUUAAGAGAUUACGAGUAGCCGAUUCAAGUAUUUUACCACGUACUAUAUCAGCACAUACUAAUGCACCUGCAAUGGUUAUAGGCUUAAAAGCAGCGAAGCUUAUAAAACUUACAUGGAACAUUUAAGUAGUAAUAAA